AUGGAGGCGGAGAAGAACUACUUCGACAUAACAGACUUGCUCCGGCGGAAUGUGGAAGAUCUGAACGAUGAAGACGAAAUCAGAGUGUGCGACUUCUCCUAUGAGAAGUACGUCUGCUCCCUCGAAAUGGGAGACAACAAAUUGGACGUGGGGAUCAAGCCAGAAAAAAGAAUUACAAUAAAAGAAUGUGAAGAUAAAAAAUACAUAUCGGAGAAUAUCAGUUUGGAAGAUAUGCUUCUCAUUAUGGACAACCUGAUCCUCCAACAGGUGAAGGUUCUCCUGGGGAAUCACCCGUUUUUAACUGUCCUGAGUUGCUACUUCCUUCACGACUCAAAUAUUAUUAAUUGUAAUAAGGACUCAUUUUUUUUUGAAAAAAUCUUUUACAAAUGUAUAAAGGCCUUUUGUGCGGAUAGCAUAUAUAUGAACAUUUUCGAGAAUGACAAUCGGGCGUUCGUUCAGCUUAUGCGGAGGGGGAUAGGAGGGGAGGUCGCAGUACAGGAGAAGAGUGCAAGUGGUGGAGGGGAUCAGCACACACAGACGGAUAGAUAUUCUACCGAAGGAGCCCCAACGAAAGUGAACAGUACGCAAGACGAACACGACGUCCACCGCCCCAUAUGUGAAGAGGGUUACUUCAGAAAUAACAUGUUCACCUUCUUUCAGUUGUUUUUAAUCCUUUACGCAUCAACAGCGGAAAUUAUAGACCACAUUGUCACAAAGAAUAACUGGCUUCAUAGGGAUGACUACAAAAUUGGGUUGAUAAAAAUAACGGACUCGUUAAUUUACCACUGCAGGCGCAGGAGGCGGUACGUGAUGAAGAACCUCUUUCUCGUGAAGAGGUGCUUUGCCAUGUUUCUGGCGCGGUACGAAUCGGCCCUAGAGGGGGUGCAGAAGAAGUUAGGCAAGAAGGGAAGUGUGCAUAAAGAUGGGGGCAAAAGUGAAGGUAAAAAUGAAGGCAAAAGUGAAGGCAAAAGUGAAGGUAAAAAUGAAGGCAAAAGUGAAGGCAAAAGUGAAGGCAAAAGUGAAGGCAAAAGUGAAGGUAAAAAUGAAGGUAAAAAUGAAGGUCAAGAGAGAGGCAACAAGGAAGACCACUUAGCAGACCCACCUGGGGGCACCGUCCUGUCCACCCUUCGCAGAAUUCAGUUUGCAAUUCACCUGAACACGAUGCUAAGUCAGGUCGUUUUAGAAACGAAAGAGGUGAACCCUGACUCAGUUAAGGAAAAUUGUAAAGAGCUCCUAAAAUGCAUAAGUAGGAUCAGCAAAGAAUUAGAUUCCAAAGGUCAGGUCCAAGACAAAAAGAUCCGAAAGAAAUAUUUUAAUAAAUAUCUUUUAAUGUAUAAACUGAAAAGUGUGUCCAAGCACAUAACCAAAAUAAGUAUCCAUGAGAGCUACUCCUUCUUCGAAAAGGUUACUCUGGAUGUAGAAUAUAUCACGGAGCAUUUCCAACGCAUAAACUCCAAGUCCAGUUUCUUGGAUGUUAAGAACAUAGUACAUUAUAUAAAAUUUUAUUCUGCCAGUCAUAACGUUCUGGUGAAAUGCAUUUCGAGGGGGUAUAUCCAAGAAGUGAUGAAUAACACAAAGGGGGACUUCUUUUCCAGGGAAAGAUACCUACUACUUAAGGAAGAGGUAAAGGCUAAAAGUUUUUUUCACAAUUUGCAAGGGGAUAACACCCAUAGCAAUGUGGAACGUGCUGAGGAUAUAACAUGUAGAAAAUUGGAAAAGGAGGAACAGAUACCAAAAGAGGAACCACUUGAAAAGCGAGAAGACACCCAGGUGGAUCGCAUAACGACGAACGGAACCCCCCUCGAUGAACUUAUCGGCAAAUCGAACCAUCAAUGGGACGAUUACGAUGAACACCCAGAUGUAGGUCAUUACUACUCACUCUUCCUAAACACGUACAGAAAGGAAGAGGCAGAUGAUGAUCCCUCUACAAAGCGCCUAAAUGAGGAAUUCUCUCAAAAUGUGAAGAAAAAUAUAUUUGUCAAUUUCUUCCUUCACUUAUUUUUCAACGAAUCGCAUGUAAUACUAGAAGAAGUAUCCAAAGAGGAUCCCAAUUUUUUUGUCAAAUCUAUUAUUUUUAAUGAUCUGUGCUAUUUUGGUUUUGCCCCGCGUCUCCUAGUGUUACUGUCAAAUUUUUUUUAUUCUCCUGAUACUUUUUUUUUCGCUAUGGAGCAUGUAUACCAAGUGGACAAAGGAUUGACGUAUACAAAUGAGAAGGAAUACAAGGAAUUGGGGGGAAUGUUUUUCACCCCUUGGGAUGUUAAAAAAAUGGAACGAGAUUUGCACAUGCAUUUCCCUUAUCUGAUAAAUUAUAUGCAGGAUGAGGGCUCCCUUGUGGAGUUGUUAACCCAGUUGGACGAAUUUAUCGACGAGUGUGCAGGGGUAGAGAACGUACCUUGGGAAGUAGACCAAAGCAGGUCCGAUGAAAAGCGUGAAAGUAACUAUGUUUCUGAAUGUAGGGGCACCCACCAGGGGAGCACCACCGAGGGGAAAAAACAACCCAAGGAAGAACGCGCCGAAGAUGCCAAACACCCUAAGGGCGGUAAUGACGCCCGCACGGACGAACGCAACACCAGCCCAGCGACCGUAACCAGAAGGCGCAUGAAACUGACAGUUCUGUGUAAGAUAUUUCACCUGUUCAUGGAGUAUCUGGAGAUAGUCUUAAAAAAAAUCCUAAACUUUUCCUUUCUACUAGCCGCUAGGGAACAUUCCAAGUUGAGCGGAUUACACACAGACAUGUGCGUAUUGUACACCCUCAUGAAAAUUCUGACUUACUACUUCAAAUUGUACAAUAUGAAGAGCGAAAUGGAGAGCGUGGAAAAUUAUUUUAACUGCAUUUUCCACACGGUGUUAAUUGAUUACAGCUGUUUAAGCCUAUAUACAAACAUGCCAUCCGAUCAGGAAUAUUCCUUUACCUAUUACGUUAUGUCAUUGUGCUAUAAAGAAUUGGCGGGCACACUACAAAGAGGAUUAAAAUUAAAUUAUAAUGAAAAUAGGAAUAAAUUAAUUUAUUCCUUAAUUUAUUAUAUUCUGUAUCUUUACUCAGAUUUUUUGAUGAUCUAUUUUAUUUAUUUCUCCUACACCAAUGUGGAUUCGGAACCCAUCGAGCAGGAUUCCUACAACAUGAAGUACAAGGCAUGGAAUUUUUGUUACCCAGAUAUUUCAAAAAUUGACUUUUACAAUUUUCAGAAAAAUAAAGCUGCCCUCAUUAACGCUGUCCUCACGAAGAAUUUAAAAAUCACCCUUUCCCAAAAUGAUGAAAUCAACAUAGGGGUGAAAAAAAAAAUUAAAAAUUUAGCUCAAGUGAAAGAGAGCUAUCGCAAUUUGAAGAAACGUAUUUGCAAAUACUCCAACUUGUUAGAUAUUAAAAAUUACUUAAGUCAUACUUUUCGCUUUUUCGAGAAAACCUCCUCCGAGGUGGACAUUUGUUCCUACUUUAAAGGGUGUAUAAGCGAAAUUCACAAACUUAUAAAAGAUGCCACCAGCUAUAAGUACGACAACAUCGAUUUCGUUCGUAUUUUCCUAAAUUCGUACGAAGAUAAUUUGAUAAAGUCUUACAAGAAUUUCCCCCCAUUUUGCGUUGAAAAUUCUUCCAUCUUUUUGAACCCCGAUUGUGAGGUGGUUAACGGCCACUCCUAUUUUUUAAGUGUGCAGGAAAGGAAGAAAAAAAUAGACAUAAAAUGA